UGUGAUCAUAGAGCUCUUUUAAUAAAUGAGUGACAAGAGAUGAGGGAAAGCAACUUGCUCUUUGUCAUUUCUCUCUCUAUCCUCCUUCCUUCUUUCCUUCCUCUUUUCCCCUCUCUCUCUCUCUCUCUCUCUUAAUCAAUUGGAGCACAUCUUGAUCCAUACUUCUUCUCUUCCCUGCUUCUGGGGUUCUUGAAAGUUUUUGUUUUGCGGAGCAGCAGCAGCAGAAUUUGUGGGCACAGAUCGUUCAUGGCUGCUGAUUCUCCUCCCACGCCAAAGCUUGACAUGGAGGAUUCUGACGAAACUAAACCAGAGGCUCAGGCGUCCAAGAGAAGGAAGGUGGUCCACAAGACGGUGGUGAGGGUGAAGAUGGAAGCGAACGUGGGGAAGCAGAAGAACGAAGGGCCGCCUUCUGAUUUUUGGUCUUGGAGGAAAUAUGGGCAGAAGCCAAUUAAGGGAUCGCCUUACCCUAGAGGGUAUUACAGAUGCAGCACAUCGAAGGGGUGUUCAGCCAAGAAGCAAGUGGAGAGAUGCAAGACGGAAGCAUCGGUCCUGGUCAUAACCUACACAUCCACCCACAACCACCCAGGCCCUGACUUUCACUCCCUCAACCCCACCAUUCAACCAUCCGAGGCCGAUGAUGAUGAUCCUGGAGAGACCACAAUCGCAGCCUCUCCCGCCGUCUCAGCCCGAGAAGAAGAGCCCGAGCAAGAUCGAGAACAAGAACGCCAUCUCGAUCGGGAUCGACCCACCCGCGUGGCGUCCAUCGAUGAAGAAGACCACGCGCGAGAAGAUCCCUUCCACUACCUCCGAUCUCCGACCAACUGCUCUUCCCAAGACUUGGUGAUGGAACAAGAGCACACGCUCGCUCUGCAGCUGCACGUGUUUGAAGAGCCUCUAGUUCCUCGUUCCCGCUACGACAACGACGACCCGAGCGCCGCCACCGCCGCCGCGGCUCUGCCCCGCGAACCUGAAGAGGGCCACGACGUCUUCGACGAGCUGGAGGAGCUACCCGCGUUCUCCCAUUUCGUGAACCUCAAGAGGAGCAACUGCUUCUUCGACGACUGGAUUCCCGUCGUCCCUUCUUGAUCCGAGCGCGGACUGCGUUGCUGUUUUGCCACGGUUCUUUUCCCCACAACCUUGGGAAGGAGAAAGACUGUACACACCCCGCCCCUCUGAAACUUUUUUGAUCAUAAACCUCAUGUGGGCUGUAGU